AUGGAGAGAGAAGGAAUUUGGAGAGAAGUGGUUGAGAAAGAGUCUGUCCGCAUUCGUACUUGUGGAGGGAUUGAGAGGUAUGAGAAACGGGCGGUUGGUAUUCUUCAUGAGUUCUUGAGUUUGACAGCAGAGAAGAUGGUUGAGGUUGAAAGGUUAGCUCAUUUUUGGAGGGAUUUCGCCAUGGAUGUUAAUGUGCGUGAGCUUAUCUUGAAGCACCCUGGAAUUUUUUACAUAUCAACCAGACGUAAUAGUUUAACUGUUUUUCUUAGAGAGGCAUAUAGUAAAGGGUGCCUCAUUCAGUCUAAUCCGAUAUAUGAUGUUCGGAGGAAAAUGUUGGACCUUGUUUUCCUAGGGAGUCGAAAUACUAGAGAAAUGCCAGCUCAAAAGGAAAUCAAGGAAUUCAAAGUAGAUGGGGAUGGUAUAAUGGAUGGAGACUAG